GGUUGUCCGUUGGAAGUUGGAGCUGUUCCUUUUGACACUAAAGAAUUCAACUUUACAAGCCAUUUGAACAAGGCGCGAGAGUCCUUCACAGGACGUAUCUGGCUUAGCCAUCAGCUGGAGUCACUUUUAACAGGAUCACAAGGCAACAAUAUUGGUGGAGUUUUAAUUAUUGGGGCACCCGGGACUGGAAAAUCUGCCUUCAGUGCACAGCUGAUUUGUUCAAGCGCAUUCAGCCCAUACAUAACCAGAAGAAUUAUUGGUUAUCACCUAUGCAGGCAUUCAGACGUAGCAACCCAAGAACCAGGUCGAUUUGUUCGAAAUUUGGUCAACUUGAUAGCCAGAAGGAUUCCAGAGUAUGGAAUGCUGAUUCAUAACAGCCCAUUCAUACUGCGAAUUCUUCAAAGAAGUUGUUUGCGAGACCCUUACCACUGCUUUGAAGAAGCAAUUGCCACUCCCUUAAAACGAGUUACUAGCAAUGACUUUCAAAGUUACUUUAUAAUAAUAGAUGCUUUAGAUGAAUGCUCUUCUGCAGCCGGUGGGACGUCUUUGGUACAAUUUAUAAAAGACACCUACGACAGUCUUCCUAAAUGCGUGCAUCUUGUCAUGACAUCGCGUAACGACUCUGCUGUAUUGAAACAUUUCAGCAGAAUUCCAAAGGUGCACUUAUCUUCUGAGGAUGUAAGAAACUUGCAAGAUGUCGAAAUUUUUAUAGCCACCAAGGUACUUGAAGAUACAGCCUUUCUUGAACGUCUAAAAGUUAUGUUAAGCUUCGUCAAGGGGGAUGCGGUCUCCUAUCUAGUAAACAGGUUAUUAAAUCAAAGUGAAGGAAACUUUCUUUUCGCAAAGUUAAUGCUUCUUUACGGAAAGGAGAAUUGGAGUAAUGAAUCUGAUCUGAACAAGCUCCCGACAACCAUCAAUGACCAGUGCGAGAGUUACUUUAGACGGGCUUUUGGGUCGAGAGAGAAAUUCAAACCUGCACUUCCAGUACUCGAAAUUUUAGCUGCUACUUUUAAACCGUUGAAGCUAAAUCAAAUAUUUGACGUUUUGCGCUUUCGGCAGAAGAUAGACUUUGAAUACGAUUUUGUCUAUACACUACAGCGACUAUCGCAUUUUAUUACACAGGAUCAGGACAGCACCAUCAGACUAUCUUAUCACACGUUCAAAAACUGGCUGACCAGCAAGGAAAACCUUGGAAAUCCAUUUUACGUGAGUCGGAGUCGAGGGCAAAGACGCUUGCUGGAAUAUUACUUCAAUUUUGUAAAAAUCGAUCCAUUUUCCUCAAACGAUGUUAAUCGAUUUGCACUACAGCUUACUAGUUUCAGUGGACGAGCUGGUCAUCUUCACGAGCUCGGAAAUGUCAAAGCAACUCACAUCAAAGUAACUAGCGACAACAGCAAAAAGACCCUUCUCCAUCUUUCUUCUAAUGAAGGUAACAGGAAGGUUUUUCAGAUUCUUAGUCACACGUUUGAAGAAAUUCAAUGUAAUGGCUCGUAUUUUUUCACACCAGCAUUUGUUAAAGCGAUGAAUGACCUUGUGGAAAAGGUCGAGUAUCGUUUGAGCAAAAGAUUGCAGUUGAAACAUCGAAGAAUCGCUCCUUCGUCACCAUACUUUAUCAAAAGAUCCAAGAAGGCUUUGACACGGGAUCGCACUAAGACAGUUUUUCCAUCAUUUAGCGAUACCAAA